CUUAAUACCAAAAAACUUAUAAAAUUUUUAUCUGAAGAAAUACAGCUAUAUGAGGAUGACUUAGAUAUUAUCUGUGAGAAAAAGCUUGAGGAAUGGGGAAUAGCAGAUGGUUCAGUUUUAGCAAUUGUAGAUUUCAUUAAGGAACUCAGAGGUGAAGA